GUUCGCUUCAGAGAGCUAGCGUCCCUUGAGGUUCCCGUGGAUAAGCAUGGCCGCCAUGGAGAAGGGCCAGCUGAGUGACAUACUCUUCAGCGCGUCCAAAGGGGAGACUUUCACUCUCAACAGCGGCUACAAGUCCCUGCACAAAAGGCUUCGUGGUAACUGGAAGGUGCAAAGUGUAAAAGGUGAGAUCACAUCAGAGAAACUGACUGGAGUAAAAUUGUGGAUUACAGCAGGGCCAAGAGAAAAGUUCACUGCUACUGAGUUUUCUGUUCUGAAAAAAUUCCUGGAGAAGGGUGGAGCUAUGCUGGUGAUGCUGACAGAAGGCGGUGAAUCCAGAUACGGCACGAAUAUUAACUACUUGUUGGAAGACUAUGGGGUAGUGGUCAAUAACGAUGCUGUAGUCCGAAAUGUAUAUUACAAGUACUUCCACCCAAAAGAAGCACUGAUUUCUGAUGGAGUUUUGAACAGAGGAAUCAGUGAGGCUGCAAGAAAAACAGGGUUUGAGACAGCAGAUGACGAUGGAAGUGGACGUGCUGCACAAACUCUCACUUUUGUGUAUCCAUUUGGUGCCACACUGAAUGUAAUGAAGCCGGCCGUGGCUGUUUUGUCAACAGGAUCUGUUUGCUUCCCGCUCAACCGACCCAUUCUUGCCUUUUAUCAGCAUGAGGCUCAAGGUGGAAAGAUGGCAGUGUUGGGAUCUUGCCACAUGUUCUGUGAUCAGUAUUUAGAUAAAGAAGAAAACAGUAAGAUCAUGGAUGUGCUUUUGCAGUGGCUCACAACAGCAGAUGUGCAGUUAAACCAGGUGGAUAUGGAGGACCCUGGGAUUUCAGACUAUACAAUGAUCCCAGAUACAGCUGCGUUGUCUGAGCGAUUGAAAGGCUGUCUGCAAGAGGGAGAGGAAAUCCCAAGAGACUUCACAAAGUUGUUUGAUACGUCCCUUUAUCAGCUAGAUACAACUGCCCUCCCUUCAGUUAUCAAAGCUUAUGAGCAGCUGAAUGUGAAGCGUGAACCUCUCCGGCUCAUUCAGCCUCAGUUUGAGACUCCACUACCUCCUCUUCAGCCAGCUGUUUUUCCACCUGCUUUCAGAGAAUUGCCUCCUCCCCCUCUGGAGCUGUUUGACUUAGAUGAAAUUUUUUCCUCUGAGAAAGCCCGUCUAGCAGAGAUUACAAACAAAUGUACUGACGACGACUUGGAGUUUUACGUCCGAAAGUGUGGCGAAAUCCUAGGAGUAACAAGCAAACUCCCAAAGGAGAAGCAAGAUGCCAAACAUAUCCUGGAGCACAUCUUUUUCAAAGUGGUUGAGUUUAAGAAACUGAAUCAGGAACAUGAUACCGACACAAGUGAAACUGGAUUCCAGAGUGGUAACUGAGACCUGGCUCUCUCCCGUCUGAGAGAGGUGUUUUAGUAAAAACAUUUCUGUAAUUUUGUUUAACAUCCGUAUUAUAUUGUUUGGGAUAGUCUCGGUGAUUCUUUGAAUGUUUGGAUUUUUUUUAUGUGUAGUAGUUGAGAUGAUGUAAGCCCUUUGAGGAAGUGCCUUGUAUUUUGCAAGCAUUUUCCAAAUAAUUCCGUAUUUUUCUACUACUUUAUUGUAACUGUGGUUUUGAAAAUGUUUUGAAAGAGACAUAUGGAAAGUCUUAUGUUAAUAAAAUAUGUUUCCAGUCUUUU